CGCUGCUCGUGCGGGCACGCGCCAGGUUAACGCGCGUUCCCUUGCUAUGCUAACGAGUUAGCAUUAGCUUGUGUGUAAGCUAGCUUAAAUAACAAACACUAAACACUGUGUGUGUGUGAGGCAGGUCGUGGUGUUUAGCCGCGUUAAAGUGAACGAGGGCGGUUUUGUGAGCGCAGUUUAGUCCAGCAUGAGUCCUGAGGUGAUUAAAUAUUAUAGCUAAAGUGCUAACUGGAUUAGCUGAAGUUCAUCAGUGGGUUAGUGUGAAAGACGGUGAAAUGGAGAACUACAGGAAGGCGGGCGUGGUCGAGCAGCCGUGUCUCUGCCCCUUUACUGACCUCCACGAGGGCACUCCCGUGGUCCGGGUUCGAGAUGGCAGCAAAAUCCGAAACCUGAUGCGGUUCGCUCAGAGCCGGAUGGAGGGCAGAGCCGAGAAGCCAUCAGAGAGCGGCGGAGGUCCAGAGGAGGCCGAACCGCGUGGCGAGUCCCAUCUGUGCCGUCAGAUCGUGUUUACGGGCGUCGGCCCGAGUGUCUCCAAGGCCAUCACGUGCGUUGAGAUCAUGAAGCGGCGCAUGGGCGGACUGCACCAGGUCACACGUAUAAUGUACAGCUCGCUGCAGGAGACGUGGGAGCCGCUGGAGCCGAGCGCCGGCCUCGACAGCAUCACCGUGAACCGGAACAUCCCUGCCGUCUGGGUGCUGCUCUCCAGAGACCCGCUGGACUCGAACACGCCCGGAUACCAGGCGCCCGGGAGCUUCGAUGCGCUGUGGGUGCAGGCCAGCAGUAAAGAGGAGCUGGAGAAUCAGAGGAGGAAGAGCGGAGGAAGAGGAGGAGGAAGUGGACGAGGAAAAGGACCACGCAGACAAACGGCGCGUCCCAGAGACGAGCGGAGAACUUCAAGACAAUCAUCAGGAGCGCGCUGAGGCUCACGCCCCCCAGGCGGAGCUUAAGUUAACUGUGAUCAGCCAGGCAGAAGCGAGAUUGUCCAUCGCCACAAUAAAACAUAACAUCAGAAAGCUCACGCCGGGGACGUAACGACUCUAAACUCAUAGGUGGAGCCUAAUUAUCACGAUAAAUUUAAAUAACAUGGACAAGUGGUGAUGUCAUGACCUGGUUUAUGAUUUAAUUUGAUUUGAACUCCACCCCCAUCAUGCAACAGUAGCAUAUUUAAAUCAGGACAGGACAAAGUUUUGGCUGAACUGGAUGUAAAAUAUUUAGAAAAUAAAUAAUUAAAGUUUUUCACAUAAUUUCAGUUUGCAUUAUGAUUCAUUGAAAUUACUUAUUUUUUUUAAAUCUUAUUUUGCCAAAGAAUAAAGAAAUAAAAAUUUAGAUAUUUACGUCUCGUACAAAUGAAAAUACAAAGGUUAACGCUCACAGGAAACAAUUCUAAUUAAAUUUUUUCUUAUAUUGAAUGUAGUGAUGUAAUAAAACUGUGACGAUUUAACAGAUUUAACUAAAGCUGUUUCCGUUAUUAAAGGCAUAAAUUGAUGUUAAUGUCAACAGAAUAGUUUUUGUGUGAAAUAAAAGAGUUGUUGAAGA